CCAACCUCACAUAUAAAAGCACAAAGUUUCACAACCCGCUGCUUCCUGCACGAUGAGGCUGAUCCCUUUGCUUUGUUGCUUCGUUCACUGUGUUACAGGUUUACUAAAAGUCGUUACUGUUGGGAGGCUUUCUGCACCGAUCGGCCUUGAUGUGACUCUCGAAUGCCAACUAAAAGCCAACAUGAGGCCUGACUUGCAGCAAAUUACAUGGCAAAAGGAGUCGGGUAACUUCACGGGACCGAUGGCGACCUACAGUAAACGUGGGAAAAGGUUAAUUGGCUAUUAUUCUAAACGUAUAUCCCACUUCACCGAGGUAACAUCCAACGCGUGGACGAUCACAAUCCGCUCAGUGAAGCCAGAAGAUCAAGGAUGUUUUAAAUGUAUCUUUAAUGUGUAUCCAUUUGGAGCAAAUUCUGCCGAGGUUUACCUCGAUGUCUAUGAAAUGAAGUUAUCCGAGCCGAAGUUGGAAGUAUACCCUCUUAUCGAAUCGAAAACCUCCAUGGAAUUAUAUACUGUCAGCUGUAGCGUAACUGGUAAACCAGAGCCAAGUAUCGAGUGGAACCUUUCAGGGAAUUUACAAGAACAAACUUACAGAUUCGUGAACCCUGACCAAACUGUUACAGUCAUAAGUAACUUUACCCAGUGGGUCUCAAGACUAGAGCAAGAAACGGUGACCUGCGUGAUAAUCCACCCUGCUAAAAAUAUAUCGCUCUCGAAAACCAUAAAUUUACCAGAAAGGGAUUAUCCUAUUCAGCCCAGUGCCACGAUAGUAAUAUCCAUCGUAGUUAGUACUAUAGUACUUAUACUAAUUGUGACGUCAGUGACUUUUGUCAUCGUUUGCCGUCGAAGAUACAGAAGACAGACGGAGUACAAGUUUGUCUGUCCAUCUUAACAUCCUUCGUUAGAAGAAAAUAUAAAAAUGUAUGGUUGUUAGUGAAUGUUCAGAGUGACCCUUUCUGCCGAAACUCCAGAGGAAGGACAAAAAUGGCCCCUGCGGAUCUCCAGUUGAAAAGUCGCAAUUUCUGCUCCCAUUUAUAUAUGAAUAAAUUGAUGGUUUUUUUAUCAUAUCAUUCGUUUCUUCAGAAGAUUCUAAAAACAUGAUAAUGCAAUUGUUUGAACCGAGUAAUGUAAUUUUUCCAACAACUUUACCAAAUUAUUUUGUAUUUUGAGGCAGAAAGCAUAUUUAUUUUUCUUUUUGAGAAAAAAUAGACAGCUAAAUAAAAAUAAUGGCAGCUAAAAUAUAUUCUGUAAAUAUUUCUUUUGGAGAUUUAUUUAUUUGUAUUUUGUAGAUUAAAUCAAAUAUAAAA